GAGGAGGAAUUCCCAUCUCCUCCCACUCAUAUCUUGAAACAUAUUGGAGCAUUUCGCUGCCAAUCUGUUUCCCUCUUUUCCCACCAUACUAAUCAUCACUCGUGAUUCUUAUCAUAAUCAUCAUCGUCGUCGCCCGACAUGGACGCUCACGAGAGACGUGAGCUCUACAACAAUGUCAUCGAAGUCGACAAUGAGACCACCGCCGUCAUGACCCGGACCACCCUCGAAGGUCGCACAUUGCGCUACGAGCUGAAUGUCUUGCAACAGCCCGAACGCGCCCGCGCCUGCGGUCAAGGUGUCAAAUCUCAAACCGAUCGCCGGCCGGUGGACCCACCUCCGAUCAUCGAAUUGACCAUCAAGGAAGGUGAGGGGGACCGCUUCGACAAAGACGUCACCCAAUCCAUGCACGCCAACUAUGUCAUGUUCGCUUCUCUGGAACAGGCCCGUCCGAUGGCUCGCGCCCGUGGUCACCCCGAGAAGAGUGCUCCCACCGUUCUGACCGGCAGCCCUGUCGCGGGGAUGGUCUACCUGGAUCGGCCCAAGCCGGCCUUCUACUUCAUCUUCUCCGACCUUUCCGUCCGCCAUGAGGGCAAAUACCGUUUCGGAUUCAGUCUCUUCGAGGAGGUGAAGGAACCCGGCGAUGCCGACAAAUCGGAUGCCACGGCCACUCCCGGCUCACCGGACCCCGGGGCUCUGUCGUACCGGUUUGAUGUUCGCACGCAACCCUUCGUCGUCUACAGCGCCAAGAAGUUCCCCGGUCUGAACACCAGCACUCCCUUGAGCCGUCUGGUCGCCGAACAGGGCUGCCGGGUCCGCAUCCGUCGGGAUGUGCGCAUGCGCCGCCGUGGCGACGCCAAACCCGGCCGCGAAGGUCCCUGGGAUCACCACGACCAUGAGAGCGCCCGCCCCGACUUGGCUGCACGCGUGUCGGCGACUCCUGACCCGCGCCUCCUGGCAUACAUGGACCCCGUCCCGCAAUCGCCCAGCGACGCCAGCCGUCAAUCUCAUUCGGACGCCCCGUCUCGCCGUGCUUCGGUCCAGGACAUGGGAGAGGCAUAUGCCGCACACGCCCACCAGCCGCCUGCGCCCCCGGCGUACGCUCCCUCGUACAACUCGCAGCACUACCCAGCCCCCAGCGGUCCAUCGCAGUCCCACUACCAAUCCCAAAAUCACAUGGCUCCGUCGCCGGUGGGACCGAUGCCGUCACACCACCCGCAGUGGUCAUACGGUUCCGCUCCGGCACCACCUCCUUCCCCUUCAGUCUACGAGCCUCACCAGCAGUCACUGUCCGAGCACCACCACCACCGACAACACCAUCCCCACGCGACGCCUUCCCAGAGCUCUCCGCCAGUCCACUCCGGGUUCGCCCCUCACGCUCAGGAACCACGUCACGCCUACCCGGCUCCGAUCACCACCCCCCGCCAGCCCACCCCGACCGGCUACCCGUCGGCCCACGCCCACUCCGGCCAUUACGCCAGCCGACCACCGCUGCCGGCGCCUUCGCCCGCCCCGUCCGUCGCCUCGGCCUCGUCGCGGGCAUACCAGCCCCCCGCCCACGCCAACGCCUCGACCUCAUCCCUCAACAGCACCAUCGACACGACCGGACCCCCGCUCGCCGUCGACGAGUCCCUGCUGGAACCCUCCGACAACGACUCCCCCAGCGGCAGCGACGAGGGCACCUUCGACCCCAGCUCCAUGCGCGCCUCCAUCUCCUCCGCCGCCGCCGGCAAGCGGCCCGACCACCACAAGCGCAGCUACGGCCGCGUCUUCAACGCCCGCCACGUCACCGCCGCGCGCCUGCAGAACGGCGAGCGGCCCCAGGUCCCCUCCGCCUCCGCCUACGCCCGCCCCGCCGGCGCCGGCGCCCUCGAGGUCGACCACGACGCGCCGACCGACCCGAAGAUAUCCGCCGCCUCGGUCGACGCCGAAGACCCCGACGACGAGGCCGCCGAGAUGGACCCCACCAUGGCGGUCGGCAAGAUGCGGUACCGCCGCGCGGACGGUUCGCAGGUCACGAGAGGCAUGGGCACGAUGAUGCGGUAGAGGAGAGGAAGACGAGGGGUGGAAAUAUGAGACGGAGCGGGAAAAUAAGGAAGUCGACACGAUUCGAUGGAUCGACCGACCGAUUGAAUCUGAAGGAUUUUCCCUUCC